GAAGCAAAAGACGAGAAAGGGCUGUUGAGUAACCCUCGUCGCAACAGGGGAUGUACCGACAUCAUGGUCUUUCUGAUAUUCGUCUUCUUCCUCUGUGGAAUGAUCUUUAUUGCAGCAUUUUCCGUCACUAAGGGAGACCCUUUUCGUCUGGUUUAUGGAACAGACAGUUUCGGUAACACUUGCGAUGAAGACAACACGGAUCGGGCUAUUGCUGGCGUAAGAAACUCAGGCCGGAAUCUUAAAGGGCGCCAGUACCUUUUCUACAUGAACAUAGAGGAGAUGGACACGUCUAUGAGGAUUUGUGUUAAUAAAUGUCCAGAGAAUGAUCUCGUAACGCCAAGAGCCCUGUUUGACUUCUCCCAGCAGACAGGGUCCCUCCUGUGCCGCUAUGAUGUUAAUCUAGGAGACUAUGAUUACACAAACCGCACCAGCCUGGGACCAUGUCCUGUCCUGCCAGUGUACAAAAGUGAGUCAUUGCUCAACCGCUGCAUUCCUCGUGAACUGAUUCAAAUCAAAGACUGGCUCAAAUCAAAUGUUGCCAACAAUAUCAUAGCCCACAUAAACAAGAGCAACAUUUUCAACAAGGCUCUGAGAGAUCUCUACGCAAGCUGGAAUAUCGUCAUUGCCCUCUGUUUUUUGGCUGUUGCAUUCUCAGUUCUGCUGGUCUUGCUAAUCAGAUUCAUGGCUGCAGUGGUCACUUGGCUGAUAGUAGUGUUUACUGUGCUAGCUAGCAUGGUUGCCACAGCUUUCUUGUGGUGGACAUUCAUCUCCUACAAGAACAAGCUAGAUAGGGAGGAGCAGAUGAACAUUCCACUUCUGGAGGUGGACAUCAACAGCGAGUACGCAUUCAUGGCCUUUUCUGCCUCAGCGACUGGACUCACAGUAAUUCUGCUACUGGUAGUGCUAGCACUAAGAAAACGGAUUGCUUUGGCAGUGUUCCUUCUGCGUGAGGCUGGAGCUUGUGUGUCAGCGAUGCCCAUGCUACUGAUUCAACCACUGUGGACAUUCAUCCUUCUGCUCAUGUUCUUUGUUUACUGGGUGACUGUGCUGGCUUUUUUGUGUACAGCAGAAACUCCAAGCGUGACAGAAGUUGGGUUUGUUGUGUUUAAGGAACACGAGACAGUGACUUACUUUUGGUGGUACCAUCUGGUUGGAUUAUUCUGGAUCUGUGAAUUUAUCAUUGCCUGUCAGUCUUUUGUUAUAUCCGGGGCUGUAGCUCGCUGGUACUUCACAAGAGACAAGAGCCAUAUUGGUUUCCCUAUCUUGGGUACAAUAGGAAGAUUGAUUGUAUUUCACCAGGGUUCUGUUGCCUUUGGAUCUAUCAUCCUAACGCUAGUUAAAAUCCCAAGGGCAAUUCUUAUAUUUAUUAGCAAAAGAAUGAAGGACUCUGAAAGUGACUGUGCAAGUUUUUGUGUUCGAUGUUGCUGCUGCUGUUUGUGUUGUAUUGACAAGUGCCUCAGAAAUCUCUCAUCUAAUGCAUACACAGUAGUAGCAAUUAAUGGUAAAAACUUCUGCACAUCAGCCAGAAAGGGACACCACUUACUUGCUGGAAAUGCAUUACGAAUGGCCGCAGUAGAUAGUACAGCUGAUUUUGUUCUGUUUCUGGGCAAAAUAUCUAUCAUGGCUGCCACCACAGCUGUUAGUGUGUUCUGGUUUAAGAGUCAAGAAGAACUUCAUUUUUAUGCCAUUCCUGUUCUCCUAGUCUCGGUUUUGUCAUUUUUUAUUGCUCACUGCUUCCUGUCUGUAUAUCAGAUGAUUUUACAUGCGUUAUUACUGUGUUUCUGUGAGGACUGUGAUAUGAAUGAUGGCUCCUCAGAACGACCUUACUUUGGCAGCAAAUCCUUCAUGGUUCAUGUGUCUGAAUGUGGCAGAAAAUUGAAUGAUCUGUCCCGAAGAAAAGAAGAUUCGUGUACUGAUGCUGAAUCAGAAGCAGCUCAAGUCUGA